AUGGGGAACAAAAUGGCGUCGCUGGUUGCGAGCUACACUGGAUUUGCUGGCAAUCUUGUGCAUUUACCAGCGAUCGAACAGCUUUCUCCGCGUAUAAUACGUAUUCUUGGAUGUAACCCCAGCCCUAUGACUCUUCAGGGUACGAAUACUUACCUCGUAGGCACUGGAAAAAGGUAAGAAAUCUUGUAAGAUCCAAAGUCAGCUGAUAGUUUUAAAAGCUCCUACAAUAGGUCAUAUGUAACUUAUAAGCGCAAGGUUAGAUUAUAGUCAUCAGUACUGAGACAGUGCUAGUGUUCGCUUGUCAUGUAGGUGAUAAUAAAAAUUAUGAUGAGAUAGAAUGAGGUAGAAGAUAAAUUUAGGGGGACGCCAGCAACUUUUUACACAAGAGUUAGAUUCCAGUGCACAGGAACACCAGGUUCGUACGUAUACUUGUUUGUCGGUCACUAAUUAUUUAACCUUUGAUAUUUGAUUGACAACAACACAAAAUACGAUAUAGAUAGCUUGGAAGAGACUGUAAGAGGAGGGAUGUGCAAAUCAAAUCUCACCCCUGAUUGUCAGCUACUGAAUAUCUAGGGUGCGUUCCUUUGGGAUGAUCCGGAUCAGGAUCAGUGAUUCGAGAUCACUCGGAUCAUGGUCGAUCAAAUGAACCGAUGAAUCCUUGUCCAGAGUGGAUGCGUCAGCGCAACUGAUUUUCCAUGAUCUGAGUGACCUCGGAUCACUGAUCCUCAUCCAGAUCAUCUCAAAGCUAAGGAACACACCCCUAGUUUACAUUAAAUUAUUGUUUUGAUUGUCUCUUUUGUAUUUUCUCACAUUAUCUGUUCAUUUGUCAUCACCUCUAGCCGCAUUUUGAUUGAUACUGGAAGUAGGGGUUCAGGUGAAUAUAUAGCACAUCUCAAAGAAGUAUUAACUAAUAAUCAGACCUCUGUUCAAGAAAUUCUUGUAACACAUUGGCACCCAGAUCAUGUUGGAGGUAUCCUUGAUGUUGUUAAAGGCCUUGGAGAUGCAGGUAAUUAUACUUGAGUAGUUAUAAUAUUUAUGCUUAUUUAUAAUAAUUAUACUUGAUGAUAGUAUAAUACUAUACUAACAAAGGUGAUUCAAAUUACAGGCAAUGUGAGAAUUUCAAAACUGCCACAGGAGGGUGUAUCGGAAGAGAUUGGGGGCCAUACAGCUGCACAUAAAUAUAACUUUCUUAAGGAUGGAGAUGAAAUUACGACAGAAGGAGCUACACUGAAGGUUUACCACACACCUGGUCAUACUACAGAUCAUAUGGUUCUUUACCUCAAGGAAGAAAAUGCUGUCUUUUCUGGAGAUUGCAUCUUAGGCCAGGGAACUGCUGUAGGUUUUUUUUUUAGGAAAAAGGAAUUAAACAUAAAGUAAAGUUGGGUGUUGUAGGGGAUUGGGAGUUGUUCUUAGACGUGUUAUUUGCCAGCUAUAGUGCCAGUUGAAGAAGUGGAUAGUUAUAAUAUAUGGAGACAUGUAACAUGGGUGUUCAUAUUUUAGUUGUGAUGUUUAAACUCCUACCUUUUAAAAUGUUGCUGAAUGAACUUGGUUUUGCUUAAUUUGUUGUUCAGAAUUCUUGUCGCUGCCAAAAGAUGUGUCGUGGUAUUAACCCUUUAAGUCCCUGGAAUAGUGACAAACUUCAAUUUUCUCUUAACAAUAUCCAUACAUUGUCAAAAGAUAAAGUCUUGAGAAUUAAUAAAAUGAUCACCUAAGAGAAAAUGCUUUGAUCUUUUAUCAAAUUCUCUCAACUCAUUCUUUAAGGAAAAAAUAGAGAUCAGUUUGGAGAAUUUGUAUGUGGAUAUUGGGACUUAAAGGGUUAAAGUAACAAAGAUGUGAUGCGUUUCUGAACAACAAAACAAUGUGGACACCAAAAAGGAAAAGCCUUACUUGAAAGUCCUGAAGAUUUUCAGAGAUUUUCUUGAUUUUUUAUCAUUUUUAAGGCAGGAAACCUAUUUCAGCUACACAGAUUAGUUUUUCAUCUUAUUACACCAUGUCAUUUUUGUAUGGUGAAAGCAGCACUUUGAUUAUUUUUCAGGUGUUUGAAGAUCUCUUUACAUAUAUGAAAUCUUUGCAAGCCAUCUUAAACUUGUCUCCACAUCUGAUUUAUCCUGGACAUGGGCCUGUUAUACAAGAAGCUGUUUCAAAAAUCACUGAGUACAUUGAACAUAGAAACUUAAGAGAAAAACAGGUGUGUUACAUGUAAUUUGCCUGAAAUAUAUUUAUUAUUUUAAAGUUCAAAAUGUUUAAUUCUUAUUGGGGGUGAGACGUGGCUAAACCAUGAUGGUUAAAAAAUAUUAAUGCAUGAUACAGUACAUGCUACAAGUAAAGUGUAAUUCUUUUAUUCUUUCAGAUACUUGAAGCCCUAGAAAAAGAUCCCAAUGAUGCAGUAACUGCAAUGGACAUUGUCAAGAAAGUUUACACUGUAAGAACUAGUACUACUUAGUGUGGGUGUAGCCUGUUCACAGACGCUCAAUUUUCUCUUCAAAGUCCGUCAACCACAUGUGAUAAAAAAUAAAAACUGCAGGGGAUUUAUUGACCACCAGCACAAGGGUAGGGCUUUGCUUCUAUGCUCACCGAUCUUUUUGAAAAGAAUGCAAAGAAAAGUGUACUGGCUAGUGUGGUCAUUCAAAGGUCAAAAGACUCUUGCUCCAGUUCUGUGCUUUUCAUAAGGUUCAUGUGAUGGAAGGUCCACAUGCGCAUGACCAGAUUGCGUUCUAUGCAUUUUUCAUUCUUAGUGGAAGUCCAAGUGAAUGGUGGCUAAAUAGUCAAUGUGCCUUGAUGCCUAAUAGCAAUGUGGAGAUUAGGAUUGCUGGCUCCUCUGGUUGCCGGAAAUAAAUCAUUGUUACUUUUUAUUUAUUGUAAGUAGAUACAAUGUAUAUAAACAGUCAUGAAGUAAUGAAAUUAAAGGGGCCUGUCUUUGCUGAUUUUGUGCAAGAUUUUUGAAAGUAGUUCUUAAAUCACAACGAUAAUAGUAUUAAUUUCAUGCUGGAUAUUGUGAUGAAAGAGAUAAAUCACUUUUAUCCAUUGAUGUUUCAGGACACUCCAUGGCACUUACAUAGAGCAGCUGAGAACAAUGUAAAUCAUCAUUUGACAAAACUUGAGAAGGAAGGACGAGUGUGUAAGUACUUAAACUAUGAAUUAAAGUGGCCAUGAAGAGCAAAAGUAUGCAAAAAAUGAUAUUUUUUGUUAAUCUGAUGAAAUAAAAUAGAACUAGGGAAAAGUGUUACCAAAGAGAUUUUGUGUAAAUGGUAAAAACAUGAUUUUGUUAGAGAGACAUAUCUCAAGUGAGUGUGCUUAACAAUUAUUGUUUUCUGGUUAGAUGAAGAUUGGAUUAACUGGUUUUUUUUGUUUAAAUGCAGUCUGCGUUUAAAGUAUAAUAAAUAUUUUCACCUUAUUGAACGUUAUGUGUUUUAUACUAUCACCAUUAUACAUGCAUUUCCAGAUAGACGUGGCAUACCUGUAUUGCUUAUAAACAUUUGCUGAAUAUAUUUUAAUUUUCGCCUUGCUUUCAGCUUCCAUUCAAUCGGACAAGGACAAGAGAUGGAAGAGCUCAUUAUAAACCAGAAAAUGUACAAGAAAUUAAUGUAAUUUUUUAAUUAAUGUCGGUUAUUGGACAACAAUAACAAAGUUAGAGAGGAGGAUCACGUGGCUGAAGUUAUCUACGUUUCAGAAGCAUAAAGCACCUAUGAGAAUAAUAGUUCUCCUUGGAUAGGAGCUGUAUGGUGUCGGCAGAGACAAGGAAAAGCAAAACUUCUUGUCCCUUGUAAGAGUCAAAAGAGAUGGUGGGAAUUGCCUAGUUUUUUGGCAAUUGAAAGUAAAUGCGUAGAAAAAAACGUCUCCGGAGGUAAUCUGUUUCCAGAUAGUCCAGAUCAAAGCGUUUGGCACCAACUUCACUACAAGAAAAAGUAUGUGCAAAACGGUAUUUUAUUUCGAAAAUACACAUAAAUACCAAAUUCUGUGAAUUUUUAUAAAGCGUAAAACAUUGUACAAGUUAUUUUACAGACAGUAGUCCAGUGUUGACCAACAAUAACC